AUGAGUCCAGAUGACAGUGGGACCCACUCAGAGACUGAAAACUUUAUUGAGGACAUUGUUGAGUGUUUCCGGGACAUAGUGAGCAGAGAGCAACUGCAUCACCUGCUGACCGACAAUGAAGCCUGGCGGGGAUUCGUGGCUAAGGCUGAUCUGUCCAGGGAUCAGGCAGAGGCACUCCAUGAAACUCUGAAUGAACUUGCUACCAUCUUGGCCAAGGAAAACAAAGACCAGCAGGAUAGAGAGAGGUUUUUGAAAGAGUUUCCAGAAGUGAAAAUGAAGAUCAAGGAGAGCAUAUCUGAGCUCCAUGCGCUUGCAGACAGGAUUGACAAAGUCCACAGGGACUGCACCAUCUCCAACGUGGUGGCUGGCUUCACUGGCGCUGUCUCUGGUGUUCUGACCAUCCUCGGCCUGGCUCUGGGUCCUGUGACAGCAGGGACCAGUCUGGUGCUCUUGGCAACUGGGGUGGGCCUGGGAACUGUGGCUGCUGUGACCGGGGUUUCCUCCAGCAUUGUGGAUCAUUCAAUCAGGUUGUCUGCAAAAGCCAAAGCCAAAAGCUUGAUGGCCACCAGCAAUGACACAGCAAAGGUGGUUGAGAAGGCUCUGUGUCAGAACACCUCCAAAGUGAUUUUCUUAGCCACCAAUUGCUCUCGAGAUCGGCAAGUCACUGAAAAGAACAUCCAUGCCUUCACCCUAACAAAAGCCAAUCCCUGCUUAGCAGCCAGAACCUGCAUGGCCAGUGCGGCCACCGUGGGCAUCUCCCUUCUGAUGGAUGUGGUCAGCCUUGCAAAGUCAGUGCACUUGCAUGAGGGGGCAAAGACAAGGUCAGCGGAACAGCUGAGGCAGCAGGCGUGAGAACUGGAGAGAAAGCUGGAGCAGCUUACCCAGAUCUAUGCGAGUCUCCAGCUGGGCCUGGCUCAGUGA